CUUUACUUUGUCGCUACCUUUUUUUUUUUGGUUUCCAUUUUUGUCUCUUUCCUCCAAUUUUCUUUGCUCGACUUUAAUUGAUUAGUUUACUGACUCACUCUGCAUUUACUUCAAAUCAUACCCUUUUAGAAAUUUGAGAGACAUUCUCAUAUUCAGACAAAUUUUCUCUGACUUUUUGACUAAUUAAUUAAGCAAAAAGCAAGAAGUUAUUGUAUAUGGAGUGGGAAAAUCAGCAGCAGCAGCCACCGCAGACGGCGGAGGAUAUGAACGGCGCCGCCGUAGGAGGAGGAGGGAUGUUUGUAAAAGUAAUGACUGAUGAGCAAAUGGAAGUUCUACGUAAGCAAAUUGCAGUGUACGCUGUAAUUUGUGAACAGCUUGUUGAUUUGCACAAAUCCAUGGCUUCUCAACAUGAUCUUGCUGGAACUAGGCUGGGGAAUCUGUAUUGUGAUCCGCUGAUAACAUCAGCUGGACACAGAAUUAGUGGCAGACAACGUUGGACGCCAACGCCUGUGCAACUUCAGAUUCUUGAACGUAUUUUCGAUCAAGGCAAUGGAACACCAAGCAAACAAAAGAUUAAAGAUAUAACCUUUGAAUUGUCUCAGCAUGGACAAAUUUCUGAAACAAAUGUUUAUAAUUGGUUUCAAAAUAGACGUGCUCGAUCGAAAAGGAAACAGCAGGGUGGUGGUGCAAUGAACACCGUUGAAUCAGAGGUGGAGACAGAGGUCGAAUCGCCUAAUGAAAAGAAAACAAAGCCAGAGGAUUUGCAAUCUUCUCAUAUCCCAACUUCAAGAGCUGAAGAGGGUAGUUCAAAUCCAGCUGGAAGUUUUGAUCAAUUGUCCUUCUAUGCAAUGUCUAAUCCAAGUACUUUUGUCAGUCGGCGAUAUCUGGAGGUGUGAGAGGUUGACCAGGGCGGGUUUAAGAAGAAGUCGAGGUAGACCUAAGAAGUACCGGGGAGAGGUGAUUAGUCAAGACAUCGCGCGACUUCAGCUCACUAAGGACAUGAUCCUUUAUAGGAGGGUGUGGAGGUCGAGGAUUAGGGUAGACGGUUAGUAAGUAGUUGUGAGUUUCCUCCUUUCUUACCAGUAGUAGUAGUAGUAGUAGCGCGCUUGUACUUUCCUAUUUCUCAAAUCUAUAUUACAUCAUAUUGUUUAGUUUGUUUCAGUUAUCAUAUUCUCCUGUUGUUACUA